AAUCAAAUCAAAACAAAAUGAGCCAAAGUGAAAGCAUUUGGGGAAAGGUUCAGCUGAAAUCGUCUCCUGAGAAGUUCUACGGCUUCUUCAGGAACCAUAUGGGCGAUUUGGUCCAUCUGUUCCCUGACCACUUCCAGAGCUUCCACUUUGUUGAAGGACAAAACUUCGAAGAUGGCAGUGUCGUGCACUGGAAAUACAACCUCAGAUUUCCAGAGGCAGCAAAGGUACGGAUGAGAGUUAUGGAUGAAGCAAGGACCAUAAUUUAUGAAGUUCUUGAAGGAGAUGUACUAAAGCAAUACAAAGUUUUCAGAGCAAAACUUGAAACUGUUAGUGGAGACUUGAAGAAAGUGGGAGGAAGCUUUGCAAAAUGGACAGUUGAGUAUGAAAAGGCACAUCAAAACGUUCCUUCACCGGAAAGCUACAUGGAAUUGGCUCUCAAAGUCAGCAAAGGUUUCGAUGCUUAUCUUUAUCGGAACUACUUCAAGUUUGUAUCACAUCAAAAGAAAAUGAGCAAAAGUGAUAGCAUUUGGGCAAAGAUUGACCUAAAAUCUUCUCCUGAGAAGUUCUAUGGGUUCUUUAGAAACCAUUUGGGAGAUUUGGUUAACUUGUUUCCUGAGAAUUACAGGAGCAUUCAACUUGUGGAAGGACAACAUUUCUCCGGUGGCAAUGUUGUUCUAUUUAAAUUCCAAUUUGGAUUUGGACAUCAACUUAGAGUUGAAAAAUGGGCAAUAAGAGCUUUGGAUGAUGUGAAGAAAUACAUAAUCUAUGAGGCUGUUGAAGGAGAUGUUCUAAAGCAAUUCAAAGUGCUUAGAGUAAAAGUUGAAGCUGUUAAUGGAGGAUCAACCAAAGUAGGAGGAGGAAACUUUACAAAAUGGACUGUUGAGUUUGAAAAGGCAAAUCAAAAUGUGGCCUCACCACAAAACUACUUGGAGUUGUUCGUCAAAAUCUCGAAAGGGGUGGAUGCUUAUUUCUCCAAGAACUAAACUCCUACAAUAAUGAAGGGAGUGAUCUUAAGUUUGGCUGUUGUUUUCUACUUGGUUUGUUCUAAAUAAGAAAUAAUGUGUGUAAUGUGUUUAAAUAUGGGUUAUAAGGAUGCAUGUGGGGCUAUGGAGUAUCUAUUAUAUGUAAGCCUACUUAUAUGUGUGUGUAAGAUCUCAAAUAUGAUAUCUAAUGUGGGUUUAUGGUCUAAUGAAUCAUAACUCAUGGAAAUGUUUAUGUUAUAAA